UUUUGCGAUGACGUAUUUUUAAAAUAGGAUAUGACAUUAAAUGACAGAUCCUAUAAGUUUUUGCUCUACAUAAAUCUAGAUUUGAUACUCUAUCCAUGUGUUUGAUACGAAAGAUUUGUUACACGAACGUUGCAUUCCGUGAAUUGUGGUAUGCGCAAUUUCUUACACCGUUCGCUCGCGGUACGGAUCGUCAUCCAAUUUCUGUGUAUUGCUAAUAUAGGUUGCAGAGGUAAUCGUACAGGAACAUGUGUGAAAAAGAUUUAAUCCCAUCUCUGAUAAUAAGAAACGCAAUCUUUCGAUAUGAUUUUACAGAGAUUACCAGCUUAAAUCCCGAAAAUGCAACGACUGAGAGAUUAACUCUGCUGAAUUUGAAUGGGCCUAUUAUUCCACAAGAUACAGUAGCAGACAUGCAACACGUCCGUGUAAAACGAGAAUUUCGUGACUUUGACUCUUUCGAUUCGAUUGAUCACGGUCAGGAUAACUUAUCUCGAGAUGGAUAUAAAUCCAAUGUAAAAAAUAAUUCCGCUGACGCCCACGCGAAAUCCAUUGACGAUAGUCCUCAUCCAAGUUCUGCUGUCACACGGAUGAGAAAGAAACGAUUUAAUUACGAAAUGCUGUUCCCAAGAUCUUACCUGAAGAACGAGAACGAAACUUUGGUCUCGAACGCUGCCUCAGGGUAUCAAGAUGAUAAACAAAAUAAGCAAAAGAGUUCAGCAGUCGUUGGAAUCCCCUCACGAAUUUUAGAUGCCAAUAAUCUGCACCGAAAGCUUACGAUUAGAAGAAGACACGCUUCCUAUAGAAAUUCUGGGACUCAUAGGGAAGCGAAGAAAAAGUAUCACGCGAAACCGCACAAACAUAAACAUCGUAAGAAGCCCAAUCGCAAGAAGCCCCAUUCGAAAUCGGAAGAAACUGAGUCCGACGAAUCUGUAGACAAACAGAGUGAGACUCGGGCUUUGAUGCCUUCGUUGCCAAAGUUGAAUACGAUUUCGAAACUUCGCAGCUCUUCUAUCGUAGACGGACUCCAAGUCGAGGGGCAUGUGGAAAAAAGGGACUCUGGAUACCCCAAAUCGGAGAUCGAUAUGAAAAAGAGAGAAGUAUCGGAAAAUGCUCGUUUCAAACGGCAUGAGCGUUUGGAAAACGAUCAUAAAAUGACGUCGUCGAAUCACGUGGAUUGCAAACGUUACUUGAAAAAAAACGAAGAUUUGAGGUAUUACGACGACGUACGCGAGCCCCCUAGACCAUUUUGCGAAAAUCGUAUCCAUCGGAAAUCUGCACCUGUAUCUAAACUGCGCAGGGGAAAAGCGACGAGAUCUGUAGAACAAAUAAAGGAUUUGAUGGAGAAAUUAAUUGACAAGGUUGAUGAACUAGGAAAGUACGUCGACACCGAUGGCGAGAGUAACGAGGCUAAAAAUAACGCAAAGAAAUCUUCUCAAGACAAUUUAUCGAAUACAACGAGCAGCUUCGAUGCAGAUGCGGGAAAUAUUACCAGAGAAACGAGCCGUGAGUCAACUAAUUGCAUCGGUAAAACUGCCAAAUCAGACGUCACAAAAGUUGGGCAAGAAAAAUCGGGCAACAGGAUACUGAGUCGCAGACAAGCUUCUAAAAAAAAUAGGAGCAAACGAAACCAUCGUAAGAAAUGGGAUAAAUGGACGGAUUGGAGUAGCUGUAGCGUGACGUGCGGAAAGGGUCGACAAAUACGAUGGAGACAUUGCGUUCACGAUUGUACCAUGGCUGAGACGGAAAUGGAGGAAAAACAAUGCCAACUACCCGCCUGUAGUCCAGGGAAAUUCUUAGGGAUCUUUUAGAAAACAUUUAAUUGUUGUCCAUAUUAAAUAUGUUCGCGUGCGACGUGUAUAAAGUCAUAAUUCACGCAGCCGUAUACGCAUAUAAGUAAAAGAACAUAGCUACUUUUAAACACCCAUUGAAAAGUAGAACUCGGCCUCAAGACUGCUUUUACACUCGUUAUAGCGAGUUACGUUCAAUAUCGAUUUACACCUGCAUAGGUGCACGUGCAACGUACAGUCAUACGAUGGUAUAAAAUAUAGCGAAAUCAUGACGCGUGAAAUCGUAGGAGUCUCCGUGAAAAUAAACGCUCACGAAUGUGACGAACUUGGUAUGGAUUUUCCGCCAGUAAAUAACCAUAUAUUAUUGAGUGAAAGGCUUUUAGGGGAGUUCAACUAACAAUAAGUUCGCAAGCGGUGUGUAGUUACUGAUAACCCG